AUGCCAUCAUCAUUUUCGAAAUCGAAUGGUACUUAUGCAGCAUUAGCUGCUGGAGCUGUUGUAGCUACAUAUGCUGGUACACAUGCAUAUAAAUCACGUAUUCAACGAAACUUUGAUGAUGGAAUUGAUCUUAAAAAUCAAACAGUUGAAAUUGAUCCUAUAGAACAUAUCCGUCGUUGUACUUUUUAUAAAGAUAUUGAUAUAUUUACAUUUCAUAAAACAGUUUACCCUACUGUACAAACAUUAGGUGAUGUUUUUUAUAAUGGUUAUGCAGCCUCAAAUGAUGGACCAUGUAUAGGAUAUCUUAAUGAAACAAAUAAAGAAGAACCACUUCAUUGGAUAUCUUAUUCAACGGCAUUACAACAAAUACGUCGCAUUGGUUCACAUUUAUGGACAGAAGCUAAAUUAACACCAACGAAAUCAACAGUUGCUAUUAUUUCAUUAAAUCGACCAGAAUAUUCAUUUGUUGAAUUUGCUUGUUACAUGUAUGGAUUUACUGUUCUUGCUCUUUAUACAUCUUAUGAUCCAGCAACUAUUUUAUCGAUAUUAGAAAAAACCAAAACAGAUGUACUUGUUGUUGAUAAUUUAGAUCGUAUUUCUUCAUUUAAAACUCAAUUGUUAGAAAAAAAUUAUAUAAAAGAAAUUCUUGUUAUGGAUGAGACAGGAAAUAAUGAACAUUCCAAAAUUAAAAAUAUUCCAAAAAUUUUACAAACUAUGCAACAAGCCGAUAUUCGUCCACGACCAUAUAUUGAUCCAGAUAAUAUUGCUGCUUAUAUUUUAACAAGUGGAACAACAGGUGAACCUAAAAUUGCAAUGUUAUCUCAUACAAAUUUUUUGGUACAAAUAAAAGGUGGUAUUCUUCGUCGAGAACGUGCUAAUGUUGCUGCUGAACCUGAUAAUCGACAUUGUUCAUUUUUACCUAUGGCUCAUUUAUAUGAACGAUUAGUAUUAAUUAGUAGUUUUAUUCAUGGUACACAAGUUGUUUAUUGUCCAGUACCAGAAAAACUUUUUGAAUACUAUCCAUUUGUAAAACCAACAAAUAUUGCUAUGGUUCCAAGGGUUUUAAAUAAAGUUUACGAUAAAAUAAUGGCGGAAGUUGGUAAAAG